AUGAGACAGCACCCCAUGUCUAAUGUAAGGAAAUUAAACGAGUUGGUACAUGAGUGCCAAGUUCAAUUGGCUCUGUUCCGUCAUGCUACCCAGGGCAUAGGUACAACACAGGAUGGAGCUUCAUUAAGAAGAGAAGUUGAAACUGCAGGUCGAGCCUGUUUAAAAGCUUGCGAAGCAGCUAAGAAUUGCGUAUUACCUCAACUCAGGCACGAAGGUGUUGAGUUCACCAGACAUGCUUCACAGUUUAUCGGUUGUGUAGCAGCCUAUGUAGUUGAAAUGAAGAGGUGUGUGGCUUUGGAAAGAACUUUCCCAGCCCCGACUGAACCCUCAAUCACUCCAACGCAGAUUGCUAAUAUGGAAUCUAUGUUGGAAAAUUUAGAAAAUUUGAUCACCGUUCACUUUUCCACCAGCGAGUCGUCGCCCACAGAUAAAGUCACUCCUCGGCGUCGGCGUGCUACAUCAUGUAGGCCGCAGUGUAUGUGCUCCAAUCUAAAAACUAGCUACGCCUAA